UUUUAAAUAGCGCGCGUGGUUCGGUUACUAAUAGACAGGGAAUUUAAGAUCUGCUAAACAUAUUCAAGACAUAUAAUAUUUAAUAAGCGCAUUAGUCAAUUCAAGGACAUGGAAGGCAGUAACAAUCGGGAAGAUGAAGAGGUGGAACAACCCGUGCUUGUGGAAGAGCCAUUGGACCUUAUUAGACUAAGCUUGGAUGAAAAAAUAUACGUUAAAAUGAAACGUAACCGUGAAUUGCGAGGUGUCUUACACGCUUUCGACUCACAUUUGAACAUGAUUCUGGGGAAUGUUGAAGAAACUGUAACAACAUUGGAGAUAGAUGAGGAAACAUAUGAAGAAGUUUACAAGACUACAAAACGCACAAUACCCAUGCUGUUUAUUCGCGGAGAUGGUGUUAUCCUAGUUUCGCCUCCACAAAAGGACUAACUCUUGUACAGUCAAUUUUCAUGCAUCGUAAUCCAUAUCCAUCAAUAAAACAUGUAAUUUAACAACAGUAUGAAUAUUUCACUCAGUAAAUAGUCCUAUAACGUUUCAGCGGUACUGUAACAUGUUUGGCACACUAAUAGUUCUUUAAUAACCCAUCCCGAUCUUGCAAUCCUCUGCAAAUUAAAAUACAAGCAUUGAACUACUCAUUUUCGAAACGGCAGUGGAUUUUUUUACUAGGAAGUAUCGACCAGAGAAUAAUAAGAUAUUUUCAGCAAUUUUCAACGAAGAACUCGAUAAAAAUGAGAACACAAGGAUAUAAUAUGCCGAUUAUUUAAUAAGUAAACUAGCAAUGUAUAUACUGAUUCUCAAAGUUUCAAUAUCGAAGUGUGGUACUCCAAUAAGAAUCCAGUGAAACUUUUCUAUGCUUUAGCAUACAUUGUUAUUUAGUUAUAAAUUCAAGCAGGUGCUGGUGUGCAUCUGACAUAUAUGCCGAAUUCGUGCAUCCCAAAACCGUUCCUCCCUAGAACUCAAAAUAGACUGUUUCUGAGGUGAAUUUAAGAAUGGUAAUCAAUACUAUUCCAAAUUUCUGGAUAAUAAUUGGAGUUAUUGGAUCAAGUUCUGUAUAUUGUAGUCCUACCAAUGACUGGUUUGAGUAA